UAGCUGCGGCCAGAAAAAUCAUGAUUGACGAUGUUUUGGGGGCGGCGUGGCAACUCGAAAGCCCAUUCGAACCUGAGGGCGGCGUGGUGCUAUUCUACCCCGAAGCUCAUCCUCGGUAUUGCUUUUUAGAGUAUCUACUCACCCAGGAUCACCAAAUACAGCAUGCCAGGUGAGAGUCGGUCGCGCUCUCGAGAUCUUUGGUGAACAUGGCACUACUUUCCAGCAGCAUGGUCUGGUAUGCUCUCCUCGCGUUGGGCCUGUUCGGUCUGGCCGAGGCUCAAGGUUUAACGCGUGGACCCCCCGUAAAUGUGGAGGGAGGAAGAGGACCACCACAGGCCCCGGGUUCGGGAAGCUUUUGGCGACGGUAUGGCUGCUCAAUUGCUGUACUAGGGGACAACCUGUACAUCGAGGGCGGGAAAGUGUUCCAGAAUCCAGGCCCCAACGCAUCAGACACAACAUACUCGUACCCGUAUCAGUUGAACAAGACUAUUUAUAUCCCUCUCAAUAGCGGAUGGGCCGCAAAAGAUGCUCCUACAAUAAUUGUUGAGAAUUACGACAUUGACGAAAGCGAAGAGGUCGCGCUGUGGCCCAGUGAGAAGAAGGACGACAAUAAGCUUUACAGGUGGGGCGGCACGGUAUUCAAUGAGGACUCGACCAAGUCGAGACCUGCCUUGGGCGUAUGCAGUGGACUAGGACCGCGACCGAGCAGCUCCAUGACCGACACAAGCGGUUCGUGGUCAAACAACACGGCCAUACCAUCUGCCGUCAAGCCGGACCUUUUGCGGACGACGGGAGGCAGCUGGACGACAUGCAACGGCCAGGGUUUCCUCCUGGGUGGGACGACUCCCUAUUUCGUCGACACCGCCUCCAACCGUGCUCCCGCGGUGCCGGGGCUGAUCACGCUCGACAUGGAAAAGGGGGAAAUGUCCAACGUCAGCGCGGCCGAGUUCGGGCCACCAGGCGUGGCACGCGGCACCCACCGUCGUGGCUCCGCCGUGUGCUUGCCUACAUAUGGGACCGAGAACAAGGGGCUGCUCAUGUUCCUGGCCGGCGAGCAGCAGGCCAACUUUUCCUCGUCUCAGUGGUCGCCCAUGAACCUCAGCACCGUCUACAUGUACGACGUGGCCACGCGGACCUUUCACAACCAGACCACGACGGGCGACGUACCGACUCCUCGCGAGCGGCCCUGCGCCGUCGCCACCCGCAAGCAGGACGGCGGCUCGUACGAGAUCUUCCUCUGGGGCGGCAAGAACGACACGGCGGUGCUGAACGACCUCCACGUGCUCACCGUGCCCGGCUUCACCUGGAUGAAGAUUGAGCACUUUGAGGAGGACGGCCGGUACCAGCACUCGUGCGCCGUCGUCGGGCCGGGGCAGAGCCAGAUGAUCAACGUCGGCGGGCUGCAGUCCAUCAGCCGCAGGGAGGACAGCUAUGGGAUCGACAGCUUUGCCAACGGGCUCAAGAUCUUUGACCUGGCCAAGUGGUUUUGGAGAGACAAUUUUGAUCCGAACGCUGCUGCGUACGAGCCCAACGAGCAAGUGCAGAAGUGGUAUUCUUUACGGAGCAAUCUCGAAUCCGUCCAGUGGACCGACGACAAAACCAAGGCGCUCUUCCCGCUCGCGGCGCAAAACGACCCCUCCGCCAACCCCGGCGGAUCAGGCCAGCCCGGAGCACGCCAGGACGAUGCGGGAUCUGGUUCGGCACCGGUCGGAGCCAUCGUGGGUGGCGUGGUGGGAGGCGUGGUGCUCGUGGCCGCGGCGAUACUCUUCUUCAUGCUGCGGCGGCGGCGCCUCCGUCGCAAAUGGGCCGCGGAGCAAAAGGCGCGCAGCGGGCAGAGCAGCACCGACGCAGGCAGCGGGUCGCCGACCAGCUCGCCAGACUCGACGACGCUGUACGACAAGCAGAUGCUCGACUCGAACCAGGUCCACGAGCUGCCGCCGCAGGGCAGGUCGUACGAGAUGGGCAGCGACGGCGCCGUCUGCGAGAUGCCGCCGCAGGGCAACCAACACGAGAUGGGCAGCGACGGCGCGCUCAGCGAGGUGCCGGGCGGCGUCCCGACGGCGUACUACUAUCAGCUGGACGACGGCACCAUCAUGGUGGAGAUGCCGCACAGCAAGGACGUGCCGGUGGAGAUGCCGCAUAACCAAGACCUGCAGCCGCAGGAGCUGUCUGCCGAGCCGCCGCAGCGUCGCGAGGCCGAGGCAGGAGGCUUCCGAGAUCCCCGUGGGGAGACUGGUGUGGGAAACGGUACGGGAGUGCCUAGAUAAUGUGUUUCUCGACUACAAAAAGAAUACAAACAAAAAUAACCCAGUCAUCACUAGAGCUAGUAGCAGCUGAUAUUUAUUUGGCUUUCAGGUGCUUCAGGGUGACUUAGAUAAUUCCGGAUUACCAGCACAGAAUCGAUGACCGGGUGGCAAAGCUUUAUGGGUACGACUGCAUCCAAACAACACGACUGCCUGUCUCGCAUAUCCCAGAGCUAGAUUCUAGCCCGUAAAACACCACCAAGCUACUUGUUGACCCUGUCUGCACCGUUGCUGGCGCCUCUCACAAAAGGCUCCAAGGGCAGCACCUGCGACUCGGGAGUAACGCCAUCGUACAGUCUACUCCAACGCGUGCGCAGUCUUUCGGGCGUCUGCCAGGCGUUUUCGGGGUCACGCAACCACAGGCGAACGAGGUGCCGUCUAUUGUUUUGGAGGCGUAUUAGCAAAGCAAAAGGAACACAUUCUCUUAUCAAUCAAGAGGUCAUACGCAAACAAACAAAAUAAACAACAGAAAAAGAGCUACUCACUGCUUAUCCACCGUAUCCCUGAACCCGUCCCGGGCGUGAAAGACGGCCAGGUUGUUGACGUACUGCAUGUCGCCCUUGCGAAAGUCAGUGGCGACGUGGAAGCGCUCGCCGAGAAAGUGCAGCGCGUCCAGGGCCUCGGCCUGCGCUUCGGUGAUGGGCGGGACGUCGGCGCUGCGCGGCAGGGCGCCGAACCCGACCAGGUACCGGCGGGCGUACUGCAGCAGGAUCCGCUCCGGCUGCUUCUCGGACGCGGGCUGGUGGUAGACGAGCGGCCUGGAGAAGUAGCGCUCGCUGGUUGAUUUGUCGAAACUGGAAUCCGUUGCAAAAAUGGGGAUAAUGUUAGCUCUGUUAUGUCUCUCUGUUAUGUCUUGUCUGCAUCAGCUGUUUACGGGAGAAAAGCAAAAAAGGGAAUAAGUACUUUUCAAGCGGCCAAUCAGCAGCCAGCGUGUGGAUGAGAUCCGGCCUCGUCCUCGCCAGCUCGUUGUAGACCCUCCACGUGCUCGCCAGCUUGCUCGCGCCACCCUCGGCAGCCUCCCCCAGGGCGAACAGCGAGACGAUGUCGCCGCUGUCGGUGUGAAAGACCUGCUUGUCUGCCGUGUAGGCGGGGCUUCCUAUGCUGAUCUUGGCGGCCCGCGCCUCCUGCUGCUGCUGGAGCUGCAGCGUCAGAUCCUUGAUGUGCGACAGGACCACGUCGGCUUUGGUGCCGUUGAAGGUCGAGUCCUGGCGACCCCUGACGGCCGCAAUGUGAGAGGAGACGCCGGCGUAGAUGAUGAUGUUCUCCUCGCGCGUGUGCCGGUCCACGUCGACGCCGCGGAUCACAAAGAAGCCGUGGCCGUCGUGCAGCUCCCGGGACAGCCGACGCAGCUCAGGCCGGGUUUUGGGCAGUGGGAAUGUAGCAGCAUCAAUGUGGCCCAGGGGUAGGUUUAGAGCUGGACGGGGUAGAUAUUGUGUCAGUGUCUUUUUUUGAGAAUGUAAUCAUCUCCCAAUCUUGUGGGUGCAAUACUGCGAACCGCUUCCGAC